AUGGAGGUCUCCCAACCAUUUCCUAUCCUGAAGCUCCCAUUUGUUGCAUUGUGGAAUGUGAUUAAAAGUAUGGAAAGAAAAGAACUAAUCGACUUGUCAUUCACUUCGAAAAGACUAGUAACGAUCAUCAAGUCGAUACCAAUACCAAAUUCUGAUAUCGAAAUAGGAAUAACUAAUCUGCAAUCGUCUUUUUUCCCUCAACAAAAUAUUCAGCCUUUGAUUAUGACGGAGGACCUACAGGAAAGAAUCAAGCAUUUGGGUGGGAAAUUCGAUUUUAAUGAGUCAACUGGAAAAGAGAUUAUUCAAUUCGAGUAUUCAAAAGCUUUUAUUGACUACAUUUGUGCUCUAUACCGUAGUGAAAUAUUUGCUGUCCAGAUAGAUGUGCGUAUACCGAUCCCUUUACUCACUUCAGUUCUGGAAUGGAUGAAUGACCGGCAGCCUGUUCUGACUUCUUGUCUCAUUUAUGGAGAUUGUAAGGACAAUGAAACCAUUGAUCGGUUCUUCCAAAAACGGAUACUUCCCAUUCGUCAACUACACCUCAACCUGAAACUCUCACCUGAGGCAAAGACAUUCAAUUUUGGAAUUUUGGAAAUGGAAGAGUUCACUGCCCGACAUAGGGAUAUCAACACAUUGAACCCAAUACCUAAUUGGAUUACUGUAAAAACUGUGUUGACCUCGAACUGCAUCAUAAUGUGCAUUGGAGCUUCCCCAUUUACUGUCACCGACUUGAACCAGAUAAUCAAGGGAUGGAUUAAUGGGAAUAACCCCAGAAUGGAAUACUUUCAAGUUGAGGUCAAAAAGUUCAAUCUGCGAUCACUCCUGGAUGGAAUCGAAUUUGAGAAGAGGGAAACAACUGUCAAACGGAUUUACAUCCCAGAAAACAAGUCUUACAAAAUGCAAAGAACGAUCACCAAACGAAUCAUUUCCGGAGGGUAUGACAUUCGUCGAAGCGACGGAACUGUUGCCACGUUUAAAGUACUUUACCGCCCACAGAAUCCAACAGCGUUGCGGGAAUUUGUAAUGGUGAUCUGGAAAAAAGCAGUGGAUUCCUGA